AACAUUUAUUUAACCAAAGGUAUAACAAUGUUCUUUGUUCUGCUUUUUAUGUUUAAUAGCGCAUUCUCUUGCAAACAGGGAAGCGAUCUUAGUGACAAAACCAACGCCAAAGUAUUGAAUCAAAAGAGGCAAAAAAGUCCAUACCCUUAUUAUAAUUGGCAAGUACAGCAACAUAAAAAAGAUUUGGAUAUAUAUAUUGAAACCAAGCGAGAGCAUUUAGAACAACAUCAUGAACAUGAAAAACAACACUCUGAGAGUAUGAAUGAAGGGCGUGAAUCAACGCGUCAAGUCUGUGAAACAUUAAGGGAAACCCAGGAAAAAAUUGCGUUUGCUGCAAAUAAUGCAUCCACAUCUAGUAUACCUACUUCUAACAAUGCAAAAAAAGGAGUGAUACUUUUCAAAAAUGAGGCAAUAAAGUUUUUAUCCCACAGAAGAAGUAAACCAAACCUAUGAAGUCUAAUGCCGUUUGAAAAUUAAAUCAUUUAUGAAUAAAUUGCAGAAUCAGUUUUUGGCUUAA